AUGUUCUUGGAACGAUAUUUUCCAGCAUCUAAAGUUGGAAGCAUCAAGAAAGAGAUCUGCGGUAUAAGGAGUAUGAUAGAUGUAGCCAGUGGGGGUGCACUAGUUGAUAAGACUUCUGCUGCAUCUAGGAGCUUGAUUUCUAAUAUGGUUUCCAACUCACAACAGUUUGGCAUUUGCCAAGACCCAAAUCUACCCCCCAAAUUAGUUAAUGAAGUGAGCACUUCUAAUGUUAAUCUGCUUGGUCAACAAUUGGCUCAAUUAACUGCAGUGGUGCAACAACUUACUUUAGGCCAACAGAUGUACUGUGAACCAUUUUCACAAACUUAUAAUCCUGGCUGGUGUGAUCAUCCAAAUCUUCGUUAUGGGAAUCAACAACAAGCUGCUCCACAGUCUACACCUGCGAGACCACCUGGGUUCACUUUUCAACAGCGGUCUCAACAGAAUUUUGUACCUAGAACUAUGCAAGCACCACAAGCUACUCAACCACUGAGUACAAAACCCUCUAUUGAAGAUUUAAUCAAUGCAAUUGCUACAAAUAUGCUUCAGUUUCAGCAAACUACCCAAGCUUCCAUCAAAAGUUUGGAGAAUCAGGUGGGACAACUAGCGGCAUCAUAUAACAGGUUGGAAGCUCAUCUUUCUAAUAAAUUACCUUCACAACUUGAGAGGAAUCCCAAGGAGAAUGUAAGUGUGCUAACAUUGCAAAGUAGUAUACAAUAUGAGCCACCCACACAACCUUCAUCGCCAGCUCCAGUGCAAAAGCAAGCAGUAGACAACUCCAUCCAUGAUGAACCAUCAAUGCAGAAAAAGUCACAUAAACCAACUAUGCCAACCUAUGUCUCUCGUCCGCCUUUUCCAAGCAGAUUGAAAAUUUUUAAGCAGGAGGAAGCUGACAAGGAAAUUCUUGAGACCUUUCGCAAAGUUGAAGUGAACAUUCCAUUACUUGAUGCUAUUAAACAAGUUCCACGUUAUGCUAAAUUUUUGAAGGAGUUGUGCACGAAUAAGAAGAAAUUGAAGGGUGAGGAAAAGAUAAGCGUGAGGGAGAACGCCUCUGCUGUUCUCCAAAAGAAGCUGCCACCAAAAUGCAAGGAUCCUGGAACCUUUACAAUUCCUUGUAUGAUUGGGAAUAAAAUGAUUGAGCAGUGUAUGAUAGACUUAGGAGCAUCGAUUAAUGUCAUGUCAUAG